ACGCCUGCGGUUCUCUCCUCUUUUUACGCCCCUGCCAAAAAAUCCUGCCCAACAUCCCGCCCCCCCUCCUCCGUCCCCGGCAGCUGCUCCGUGGACGGCGUGCAGCGGCCGCAGGGAGGACGCCAUGAGCGCUCCGGCGUGUUCCCGUAGGCUGGCGCGUCGCUCCAAGGCUGCGGUGGUCGUUGCCGCGCUGGCCGUGCUGCUCAUCCAGACUCUGCUGGUGUGGAACUUCAGCAGCUUGGACGCCUCAUCUGGCGAGGACCGUGGAGGCAGCCGCGAGAAGCGAGCCGCCGCGGGGGCGGACAAAGCCGACAGACCGUCGCCGAGAAGCAGACUGCAAAGGAAGAGCGACCCGCCGCCGCCGCACGGAAAUGCGGUCGUGAGACACAAACUGCGAGCGGACGUUUAUCGCUCUCAUCGGCCCAAAGAGAAACUUCCUCCUGACAGCAACAACAACGAGAACUCCGUCCCCAAAGACUUCGACGCCACGGACAGCAGCAAUCCGGCCGCUCCGUCACAACGGCGGCGGACACCCGUCGCCAACGCUCGCAAGCCAGACAAGCCUCAAGCGCAAAGCAUCCUGGGAAAAGCCUCCAGCCACAACCGCACCGGCGUCCCAGAAGCUUCGCCAAAGUCCAAGAAGAGUUCGGCGGCGCUGCUGAUGCACAAGGUGAGCGCCACGCCGUCGCCAUGGCAACAGAGGAAGGAGCAGGCCGAGUGCGAGAUCAGCGGGAAGGAGGUCAUCUCCGCUUUGUCGCGGGCUAAAAGUCGGGAGUGUCGCCAGAAGAUGGCCGAUGUGUACUGCCGACACAAAAAAGACGAGCUGAUGCCUCAGAAAGUUCCUCGCUACUGCCCCCUGCAAGGUAAAGUCAGUGUCAACAUCCAGUGGGACGAAGGGACGUCUGACUCCGCCCACGUAGCGCCAGUACGCGUGGCCUUCGUCCUGGUGGUCCAUGGCCGCGCCUCGCGUCAGUUCCGGCGUCUCUUCAAGGCCGUCUAUCACGCGGCGCACUACUACUACAUCCACGUGGACCAGAGGUCCGACUACCUCCAUCGUGAGGUGACGGCUGUGGCCCGGCAGUACCGCAACGUGCGCGUGACCCCCUGGAGGAUGGCGACGAUCUGGGGCGGGGCCAGCCUGCUGACCACAUACCUGCGCGCCAUGGAGGACCUUCUCAAGAUGGCUGACUGGUCGUGGGACUUUUUCGUCAACCUGAGUGCCGCCGACUACCCAAUCAGGACCAACGAGCAGCUGGUGGCGUUCUUGUCCAAGCAUCGUCACCUGAACUUCAUCAAGUCUCACGGCCGCGACAACGCACGUUUCAUCCGCAAACAGGGCCUGGACCGCCUCUUCCUGGAGUGCGACGCCCACAUGUGGCGCCUGGGGGACCGCAAGAUCCCUGAAGGCAUCGCGGUGGACGGAGGCUCCGAUUGGUUCCUGCUCAGCCGGGCCUUGGUGGACUACGUGGUCACCUCGGAGGACGAGCUGGUCGGCGCCACCAAGCGCUUCUACGCCUACACGCUGCUUCCUGCCGAGUCCUUCUUCCACACGGUCCUGGAGAACAGCGCCCUGUGUCACACCAUGGUGGACAACAACCUGAGACUCACCAACUGGAACCGCAAGCUGGGCUGCAAGUGUCAGUACAAACACAUCGUGGACUGGUGCGGCUGUUCGCCCAACGACUUCAACACCGCCGACCUGCCGCGCUUCCAGCAGGCAUCCAGGCCCACCUUCUUCGCCAGGAAGUUUGAGGCCAGCGUGAACCAGGACGUCAUCAACCAGCUGGACGCUCAGCUGUUUGGCGAAUACGCGGCGGGCACGCCGGGCCUCACCGCCUACUGGGAGAACGUCUACGAGCGAGAGACGGACGGCGUCGCCGGCGCGUCGGACGCGGCAAUCAGUCACUACCACAGCUUCGCCCGCAUGGGCCUGAGCCGCGCCGCCCGCUCGCUGCAAGGUCGACCCAGCGACAACAGUUGCAGGUACGAGCCCAGCGGCCACCCGCUCUCGGUCCACAUGUACUUCCUGUCGGACCGCUUCCAAGGUUACUUGCUGCGUCACGCGGCUUUGAAUCGAGCGUCUGCCCAGCUGGAAGACUUGGAGACCUUGGUGACCCCCAGAGAUCACUUCACCCUGGCCAGCCCCCCUCAGUCCAUCAACAGACUGCAGCACGUCCAGGUGGGGACGGACUGGGACCCAAAGGAGCGUCUCUUCAGGAACCGGGGGGGUCUGCUGGGCCCCCAGGACGAGCUGGUGGCGGUGCAGCGCUGGACCCGAGGCCCAGGCAACCUGACGGCCACGGUGGUGUGGAUCGACCCCACCAACGUGAUCGCCGCCACCUACGACAUCCACGUGGACGCCUCCGCCGAGGUCACGCACUACCGACCCCCCCUGACGGCGCCGCUGCGUCCGGGCGUGUGGACCCUGAGGGUCCUGAACCACUGGAACCUGCUGGGCCAGACCAGCUUCAUCGUGGCCCCGCUGGAGUUCUACCACCAGCAGCCAAUAAAACAAGAGGAGGCGUUGCGUCUUCACGGCGGCCCGGCCAAGAACUCCUACAUGGAGCAGAGCUUCCACGGCCUCAACCCGGUCCUCAGACUGCCCGUCAGCCUGGGCGCCGUGGAGGAGGCGGAGGCCAACGCCGGGCUGACGGGGGCCGGGUUACGGCGCUGGCUGGACCGCCUGCUGGAGGCCUACUGGUCGGCAGCGGACGUCUGUUCCACGGGCCCCAGCGCGUGUCCCAUCAUGCAACGCUGCCGCCUGACCACGUGGAGCUCGCACAGUCCGGACCCCAAGUCAGAACUGGGCCCGGCCCGGCAGGACGGACGCAUCAGGUAGCAGACGCACCUGGAAGACGCCCACCUUUUUAUUUAUUUCUUAUUUAACACGCCCCUCCCGUCAAUGUGUGUCACUUUAAAAGCAUUUUAUUUCGAAAAUUUCUGUCGUGAAACGUUUUAUUGUGUGAAGCUGACAGGAACAAUGAAACAGUCUGUUCCUCAAAGUAAAAGUUAAAUGGCGCCGCUUAGUGGCGAGAUGCCAGAAUUGCUCCUGCUCUUCUGUUCCAAUUGAGACGCUGGCCGGGAUUCGAACUCACGCCAUCUGUUUUCCUCACUAUACUUGACACAGACUGAUAACUUAUCAAUCAACCUAUUUAUUGAUCCCAUUGCGUUGACUUUGUAGGUAUUGAUGAAGUAUUUAUUGUCCAAUUCGACUAACGAUACUGCCUUAACGUGAAAUUCAUUAGCAUAAUGAAGGUCACGUCAAAGUACAUGUGAAUGAAAGAUCAACACUGUGAUAUUUAAUUCAUAGGAAGAUUUUAAAAUGUGUUUUAAGUUUUGUGCUUGAUUUAACUUUAUUUCACAUUUGUCACGUGACAGUCACGUGACUUUCCAAGCUUCAUGUAAGCUAGCUCUUUUGUAUUUAAUUAAUUUAUUGUUAUACUUGAAUAGUGUGUCACUUAUUAAAAUUACAUUGUUCUUAUUGUAUUUCCAUAGAAAAAAAGCUACCAGCAUUAAAAUUGUGAUGGAAAGAGUGACGAAUUUGCCACGAUCGUAAAAAUACACACACAAAAAUACUACACUUGUAGUACACUGAAGUGUCCAGAAUACAUUUAUCGUGAUUGGUGGAACAAAUCUUUCACAUUAAUUCUAUAAAAAAAUAUGGCGAAUGUCCUCUUGAUUUAGUGUGGAGGUCAGUUUGUGUCCUUUUGACCAACGUUUUUUUUUUUUUGACAGUGUUUUUUUUUCUUUUUUUUACAUCAAAAUAUGUUGACAAUUUCAUUCAAUUGAAAAUUGCGAGUAAAAUGGGUGUGUUUAAAAAAUUCUGUUUUUUUAAAGUCCAGUGUUUUAAAUCUCAGUAUAUGAAAAUUUGGUGCAGAAAUAUUCGUCGCUGCAAGACUUUCUGUAAAAAAAAAAACUUCACGUGACUGCACAUUUUUGGCCCCAUUGGCUGAUUCUUAAUUAACCAGAAGUUGUGAAGCAAAGAAUGUUUCUGCACUUGAUUAAUAAACAGCUGUGUGAAUGUUCUGUUGCCAGCUAAAUUGUUCAUACAUUAAAGGCAAUUUGUGCUUACUAAAACUCAAAUUAUUACUAAAAUCUUGGAAAAUGGUUACAUGUAGAAAAGCCCUUAAAAUAGCAUCCUAAUUGAGGAAUUUAAGUUGUUCUGGAGUAGUUUUAUUUUUUUUUUACAUGUAAAUAUAUUUAAUCUAAUUUGUAUUGUCUCUUAUAUUUAUGUUUACUUUAUAUAUAUAUUGUGUAAGUAUUUUAUUUAAUCUGAUUUAUUAUGUAAAUUGCUCAACCUGUUAUAAAUUAUUGAAAAAAUGUUGAGUUGUAUUGUGUUGGAAGUGCCUCAAUGUGUUUGUAUAUGUAUGUUUUGUUUAAUAAAAAAUACAUACAUAGUUGUAAAAAAACUGAUUAAUUUUGAAAUAUUUAAAUACACCCCCACGGGACAAGCGGUAGAAAAUGGAUGGAUGGAUGGAUGGAUACAUUUUACUCAUUAAUUUUUCCUCAAUUAAGUUGUCAGCAUAAUUUGAUGUAAAAAAAAAAAAAUGCAAAAAUGUGUUAAUAAAAAAAACUUUGUAAAUAAGACACAAAUUAAAUUGCAUAUUGUAUCCACUAUUUUAAAAUGAAUCUGAAUUGUUAGUUGCCGCAAAUCGAGACCGAUUCAUUUUAAGAAGUGUUUAUUUCAUCCAUUUAUUUAAAAUGGAUUUGAAUUGUUAGUUGCCACAAAUCAAGACCGAUUCAUUUUGAGAAGUGUUUAUUUAAUUUUUUUCUCCAGAGGUCCAGAAUGUGCAACUUUUGUCACCAUGAAGACAUGUUUUUACUUGUUUUCCUGUAAAAUGUUAUUCUAUGGUUCUAACGGUGCCUUUGAACGACAACGUUUUGGAAUAAAAAUCUUUCACACCUUG